CUUUAAGCCCCGGCGCACGACACAGAGCAGGCAUUCAUUGAUGGUCAGUGGAAGCGAGGGGGCUGGGGAGUGAGCGCCAGCGUCACUUUGGAAACUUGGGAACACACGGACUCUCGUGCUAAGCGGGCGACCUCCUUUAUCACUACUGAAGGUAUAACUGAAGGCCUACAAAUUUCAGACACUGGAGGGAGAGGAGAAAUUGGUCAACAGGAACAAGAGGUCUGAAUCAACCGUUAAACUGGGAUCUAUAAUUCGCGCUCUGCGUAAGAUACCUGAAACACGGAUGGAAAUAACUUUGAUGUGGAAUCCGAACAGAAUUUUAGAACGGAGACUGAGAGUAGAGACUGACUGGGAAUUUAUAUAAAGGGGACCUCGAGUGACAGAAAUAAUCCUUAAAAGUAUUAAACAGGCACAGUUUGUCUUCCUGAUAUAUUCCUUCCUACAUAGGGAAAGGCCUAGUUAAACACCUAUUACUCACCUGAGCGAGGAAGCUUUCUUGGAAAGGGGGAAAUUAUGUCGGGAGAGGAGCAGAGCUUAUCUGAGGUUGAAAUGAGUCCCGGGGUCUCGGACGACGGUCACUCCUUAUCACCGAGUCACUCCUCCAGUGCCGCGGCCGGAGGAAACUCACCCAUGUCAGGUCCGCAGCCUCAGCUGAUAGGGGUCGGCGAAGAUGCAUCCAGUGUGGCUGGCGGUAUUUCCAUCAAGUCUGACGAAGACGACGACCGCUUCCCCAUCGGUAUCCGCGAGGCAGUCAGUCAGGUGCUGAACGGCUAUGACUGGACGCUUGUACCGAUGCCUGUGCGCGUAAACUCAGGUAGCAAAAGCAAGCCGCACGUGAAAAGGCCUAUGAACGCCUUUAUGGUGUGGGCGCAGGCCGCGAGGAGAAAACUGGCUGACCAGUAUCCGCAUCUCCACAACGCUGAGCUCAGCAAAACUCUCGGGAAACUAUGGAGGCUCUUGAAUGAGAGUGAUAAGAGGCCCUUCAUUGAGGAGGCCGAGAGACUGAGGAAGCAACACAAGAAGGAUUAUCCGGAGUACAAGUACCAGCCGCGUCGUCGCAAGAACGGCAAGCCCGGCCCGGGCUCGGACGCCGACGGCCACUCGGAGGGGGAGGUCAGCCACAGCCAGUCACACUACAAGAGCCUCCACCUGGAAGUGGCCGCCCACGUCGGGGGAGCAGGGUCUCCUUUGUCCGACGGACACCACUCGCAUGCUGCAGGUCAGAGCCAUAGCCCCCCUACACCGCCGACCACCCCCAAGACGGAGCUCCAGGCGGGGAAGUCGGGUGAUGGGAAGCGGGAGGGAGGUGGGGCGGGGGGCUCCCGUGGGGGGAUGGGGGUGGGAGCAGAGGGGGGCUCUGGACCGGGGCCUGGCUCGGGCAAACCGCACAUCGAUUUCGGCAAUGUGGACAUCGGCGAGAUCAGCCACGAGGUGAUGGCCAACAUGGAGCCCUUCGACGUGAACGAGUUUGACCAGUACCUGCCCCCCAACGGCCACCCAGGGGUCGGACAGAGUGCUGGGGGGCCAGCGGGGUCCUCUGCCUCUCCCUACACCUAUGGCAUCUCGUCGGCCCUGGCUGCGGCCAGCGGCCACUCUGCCUCCUGGCUGUCCAAGCAGCACUCGCUUUCAUCCUCGCUAGGCUCUGACCCCUCCAAGGCCCAAAUCAAGAGCGAGGCCGGCCCGGGGGGGCACUUUGCCGAGGUGUCCACGGGGGGUUCCGGUGUCACCUACACUUCCCUCAGCCUGCCCCACUACAGCUCUGCGUUCCCCACGCUGGCGUCCCGGGCCCAGUUUGCAGAGUACGCCGACCACCAGGCCUCUGGCUCAUACUACGCCCACUCCGGCCAGGCCUCGGGUCUGUAUUCAGCCUUCUCUUACAUGGGGCCCUCCCAGAGGCCCCUGUACACAGCCAUCACUGACCCGUCCAGCGUGCCGCAGUCCCACAGCCCCACUCACUGGGAGCAGCCUGUAUACACCACCCUGUCGCGGCCCUGACAAAUAAGGGAAGGAAGGGGCGCUCACACAGAUUUCGCCCUGACAGCAGACCCACAGAGCUGUGGAGGCCUCGGUUUGGGGCAGCAGGGGACUGGACCCGU